CUGAGUGUCUGAUGGCCCAGUCCCAUACACAAGUGACCUUCAAGGAUAUACUUGUGAACUUCUCCAGGGAUGAGUGGAAGCUACUGGACACUGCCCAACAGAUCCUAUACAAAGAUGUGAUGUUGGAGAACUAUAAGAACUUGGUUUCCUUGGGACAUCAGCUUUCCAAGCCAAAUGUGAUAUUCCAGUUGGAAAAAGGAGAAGAACCAUGGCUGGUGGAGAAGGGUAUUCAACACAAGAUUCACCAGGCAAGAUAGACUGCAGUUGAAAUUAAGUCAUCAGUUUCAAAUAAGAGCAUUUAUAAAGGUAAAUCACCCCAUGGUAUUAAAAGAGAAAAAACACCAAAGGAUGACCUCUGGUAUU